UUCAACCCUAACUUUUGUAGUGGUUUGUGAUCGAAAAGUUUACACUAGUGACGUGUUCGAAAAUCGAAGACUUUUUCGGAAUCACACAAAUGUUUUACUACUAGUUGAAAUUUAAAUUAAUUCGAAAUUCCGAAUUGAAAAUUAUUACUAUUAUUAUGCUUAUAAAAAAAAUAACACGAAUAUUAUUUAUUAUAUGCAAAUCUCGAUCAGAUUUAAAAUAACGUAUUAGAAACUAAAAGACUUUUCUAUAAUGGCUGGACCAUACCUUUCUCCUUUACCUGGUGACCUGCUCACUGAGUACAUGUUCGGGAGACGCCGACAGCGACGGAACAGGACUACCUUCACACCCCAGCAGCUCAGUGAAUUAGAAUCAUUGUUCCAGAAAACGCACUACCCAGAUGUGUUUUUGAGAGAAGAAGUAGCGUUGAGGAUUAGCCUCUCAGAAGCUAGAGUUCAGGUGUGGUUCCAAAACCGACGAGCCAAAUGGCGCAAACAAGCUCGUCUUCAGUUACUCCAAGACGCUUGGCGCAUGAGAUGUUUGGGUCUCGGAUCACCACCGCUUUCUUUGCAAGGACACGCCAAACCACCAGACUCUUCGCCGGAAGCUCCGGAGUCUCCCUCAGAGAAAGAAUCUCCUGAGCCACAGACCUUAGAAACUAGAGAACUAAAAUCCCCGCGACAAGAUCCCUAUAUCCACAAUACCAUGCCAGACCAACUGACCCCGAUGCCUAACCCAGCACACGAUAUCUCUUCCCAAAUGUAUGGCAACGAAGAUGGAAGAAUAUUGCAACAACCUUUCCCGUUCCCACCUUUACUAAUGUCACCACAAAUGGACAAUUCCGAAAUUGUUCCCACAGAUUUGAGGGUGAUGGCGAAGAACCCUUGUCCAUGCGCCACAUCUAUGGAAGAGCCCCAGAACCUGGCUUAUCGACAAAGACGUGAUAAAGAGACGAGUGACAGUGACAGCGAUACAGAAAUCGAUCUUACGUCUCACUCUUCGAAAGAUGAUGACAUAAGAGAAUCAGAAAGGCUUGCAAAUAGGAUAGCUACUGGUAUAUUCAGAAGUGACACUGUAUUACAUGACUUGGUACCAAACGAUUUAAGUUUAGGUUCAUUAAAAAAUGGAAAUAGUGAAAGGAAUAUCAGUAGAAACAAUGUGUCGAUAUAA